AUAAAAGAAAAAAAAAUAUUAAAUAAAAAACGCGUAAUUCUCCGGCUAUAAUAUCUCUUUAAACUCAUCUCUGAAACCCCAACAACCACCAUGGCUCCGGUACCGAAGACCACCAAAUUCCAUUUCACUCAUCCAAACCACCCUUUGCAAUUGCACUCCGACGACCACCAUGGUUACAUUUGCGACGGUUGUAAAACCUCCGGUUCCGGUACCCGGUUCCGAUGCCAUUCCUGCAAUUUCGAUCUCCAUGAAUACUGCGCCAAUUGCCCGGAGAAACUCAUCUCCUCCUCCAUCCACCACCAUCCCCUCACUCUCCUCCUCCGUAAGCCCGAUGGCACUCGCCUCAACGACCGAAUUUGCGACAUUUGCCAGGACUCCGUCGACGGGCUGUUCUACUGGUGCAAAGACUGCGAUUUCAACGCCCACCCAUUUUGCACCCAGCUCCCUAAAAGCCUCCGCCAUGUAAUUGACAGCCAACAUUUUCUGAACCUCCAAAAGCUGCCAUCCGGUGGCUGCGCCGUUUGUAAAAAGGAUUGUUCUUCUCUUUGGGUGUACGGAUGUGAGAUUUGUAGAGUUAAUAUUCAUCUCGAGUGUCUGUUGGAGCCGUGUGAGUCGCCGCCGAGUCAACGGCCGAGUGGGGGAGGGAGAGGGACGACUACUUUUCGUGGAGUGCCGCCGCCGUGGGGAAGUUGGCCACCUCCGUUUCCCAGCGGUGGGUUUCAGUGGAAUGGUGGGUAUAAUUCUGGUGGGCAAUUUGGUAAUAAUUACGGUAAUUUUGGUAUGGGAGGGUAUUAUGGGAAUUAUGGCUACGCCGCCCCUUACGUCGUUCCCGAUUACCCUUCUGUGUAUCACAAUUAUGGAGCGCCGCCGGCAUCGUCCGAAAGUGGGGGAAAGCUUGGGAAGUCAAUGUUUGCGCUCGUCGGUAGACUGACCGUUGGUGUGAUGUCUAGUGUUAUUUUUGGGUUUCCCAUCGGCCUCUAAUCGGAUCUCAUUUUCAAAAUUAAUAGGAAUCAAAGAUGGUUAUAUUUGUGUACGGAAUAGUAUGUCUGGAAAUUAUAACUAUGUUUA